AUGAAUAUCGCAGAUGGAGCCUCGGCCUUUGCCGCAUUUUGCCUGGAUGUUUCCCCUGGUGAAAAAGUCUUGGACAUGUGCUCUUCACCGGGUGGCAAAUCAAUCAUUCUGGCAAGCCAAUUAUUCCGUGAACGAUCAACCUUGGAGGGAAUUAGAGAUACCUCAAGCCUGUCUACGAGUGAACUGGUUUCGGCUCUAAAGACAAAGCUGGACACUAGCUUGGACGAAAGUAGCAACACGUUGUUGGUAUGCAACGAGGUUUCUUCGGCAAGAUUCAAGCGCUUGGUCGACACAAUUGGGCGAUUUGUACCGCAGAAGCACAUUUCCGGGAAGCACAUUCAAUUUGUAAACUACGAUGCCACGUCCCCCGAAAAGUUUAGGAGAUUUGGUAAAUUUGACAAGAUUCUACUCGACGCUCCAUGCUCAUCCGAGAGGCACUUGAUUCGCAACGGGCAGCCUUGGAGCUACAAGAAUGUGAAGGAGAAUUCAAAGAGACAGCUACAGCUCUUGCAAUCCGCAAUCAGUCUCUUGAAAUCCGGUGGCAUUAUUCUCUAUUGCACGUGUGCACUGGACCCCUUGGAAAACGAAUUGGUAAUACACACCAUCCUCAACACAUUAGACUCUGUGAAAACUCUCGAAAUCAACUACAGUAGCGUGAUAGAGACGCUCUCGACCAGGGACUCGGAGGAGGAAAGGAACCGCUUCAAGCCGGAGAGACGCAAGUAUGGCUACGCCCUAAUGCCAGACAAGACGGAAUAUGGGCCUUUAUUUAUCGCAAAACUCCAAAAGAGUUGA